GGAAGUGACGUCAGCGGAAAAAUCUUGAAGUUAUCUUUUUUUAACUUUAAUACGCAUUUUGAAAAUUUGUAUGAUCCGUUGUGAAAAUAUAAACGUUAGAAAACAUUUUACAUUUAGCUUAGUUGUUUUCGGUGCUGCUAAAUAAAUCGUAAUUCGUACACUCGUUGUUGAAAACUACACAGGAGCAAACUCAAUGGCAGCCGCGGUGGUAAACACAUGUAUGUGAGCUGAAUAACAUCUACACCGGGACCAACAGAGGACAGAAAGACGAAAUGUCUCGCCACAGAAAUGUUCGAGGUUACAACUACGAUGAAGAUUUUGAAGAUGAUGACAUGUAUGGACAAUCUGUGGAUGAUGACUACUGUAUAUCACCAGCAACAGCUAAUCAGUUCAUUUACUCACGUCGAGAGCGACAAGCCCCCAAAGAGGAGCCUUUAGAGGAGGAAGAGUAUGAAGUGGAAGAUGUUCACAUGUCCCCAACAGCCGACCACAACCUUGACCCUCUUAAUCAAGCUAAGCUGUAUUCCUGCCUGGACCACAUGCGGACCGUGCUCGGAGACGCAAUGCCAGACUCGGUGCUGACCCAGGCUGCAGUCAGACAUGGGUUUGACCCGCAGAGGGCAUUGGAUGCAGUCCUGUCUGAAGACACCAAAACGGCCCCGGUUACCAGAAGUGCAAAUGAAGAGAUGACAUCAGUCAGUAGAGUUUGUCAAGAGACGACGCCUCUUCCACAAAGAACCAAGCAGGAGAUUGUGGCUGAGAAAGCCAAAAGCAGAGAUUUGUUGCACAACAAACUGGAAUCUGAAGUGGUACCCAAAGUGGCCCGCAUGACCGUUUCUGGGAAGAAGCAGACCAUGGGAUUCGAUGUUCCGAGCACAGGGGAGAACGGGCUUGUGGUUACGUCGGUGCGGCGAGGUGGCAGCCCGGAGAAUGCAGCUGUUCCUGAAGCCACCUUGAAACGACCCGAGACUCCGUCUAAAGGGUCCAAUGGGGACGAGACCCCUUCUGGUGCCACACCGGGACGCUCUACUGGGAAGUCCCGUCAGACGAUCAACAUCAAGGCAGAGCUGGAGAAGAGACAACAGGGAAAACCACUUUUAAACCUAGUAGUUAUAGGUCAUGUGGAUGCUGGUAAGAGCACAUUAAUGGGCCACCUACUUUAUCUGCUGGGCAACGUCAACAAGCGCACCAUGCACAAGUACGAGCAGGAGUCAAAAAAGGCGGGAAAAGCCUCCUUUGCCUACGCAUGGGUUCUGGAUGAAACUGGCGAGGAGAGGGACAGAGGCGUGACGAUGGAUGUGGGGAUGACUAAGUUUGAGACGAACUCCAAGGUGGUGACCCUGAUGGAUGCACCAGGUCACAAAGACUUCAUUCCCAACAUGAUCACAGGCGCUGCACAGGCUGACGUCGCCGUGCUCGUAGUGGAUGCCAGCAGAGGAGAGUUUGAGGCCGGCUUUGAAGCGGGCGGUCAGACCAGAGAGCAUGCUCUGUUGGUGCGCUCGCUGGGUGUCACUCAGCUGGCUGUGGCUGUCAACAAGAUGGACCAGGUAAACUGGCAACAAGAGCGAUUCCAAGAAAUCACCUCAAAACUUGGUCAUUUCCUCAAGCAGGCAGGAUUCAAGGAGUCUGAUGUGUUCUUCGUCCCCACCAGCGGUUUGUCAGGGGAGAACCUCGUCACCAGGAGUACUGCGUCACAGCUCACAUCCUGGUACUCUGGACCCAGCCUGCUGGAGCAGAUCGAUGCAUUCAAGGCCCCUCAGAGGUCCGUAGACAAACCCUUCAGACUGUGUGUCUCAGAUGUGUUUAAAGACCAGGGUUCAGGCUUCUGCGUUACAGGGAAGAUCGAGGCCGGCUACAUCCAAACUGGAGACAGAAUCCUGGCGAUGCCUCCCAAUGAAACCUGCACUGUUAAAGGAAUUACUCUCCAUGAUGAGGCUUUGGACUGGGCUGUAGCAGGAGACCACGUCAGUCUCACGGUCACCGGCAUGGACAUCAUCAAGAUUAAUGUUGGCUGUGUGUUCUGCAACCCCAAAGAACCGAUCCGGGCCUGCACUCGAUUCAGAGCCAGAAUCCUCCUCUUCAAUAUCGAGCUUCCGGUGACACAAGGCUUUCCAGUGCUGCUGCAUUACCAGACCGUCAGCGAGCCGGCCACCAUCAGGAAACUCAUCAGCGUUCUACACAAGAGCAGCGGUGAAGUCCUCAAGAAGAAACCAAAGUGUUUGAAUAAAGGCAUGAAUGCCAUCGUGGAGAUCCAAACCCAGAGACCCGUGUCAUUAGAACUGUACAAGGACUACAAAGAACUGGGUCGCUUCAUGCUGCGAUACGUGGGCUCCACCAUCGCUGCAGGGGUCGUCACUGAGAUCAAAGAAUGAAGGCCGACUCCACCCAUUCAGAGGAAGUCAGACUUCGCUCCGGUGCAUCUUUCCAGCAAGAGAUGCAGAACAAAUCCUCAGAGAUUCUGUAAAUGGGAGUCAAAGCAUCAUUUCUACCCACCUGGUGGUCCCUGGCUGCUUCGACACUAACGUCACAGAUGUCCUCACAGAUCAAGACAGGUUUAAAGAACAAAUCACAUCUCCCACCACCUUCUGCAACAUUAAUCAUCCAGUUUACAGCAGCGUUUUUACUUAAAGGUCUAAUUACAAACCUGAAAGAUGAAAGUAUUUUGUCACUCGGUGCUUCCUGGGAAAGGGGUUGGGGAUGUUUGCCAAAUAUAUUUUUGCAUCUUAAGUUAAAUAGAUGAAUGAAGAAGAUGUGGAGAAAGAUGUGAACGCCUGCUCUCUGCUAGGCAGUCAAAAGCUGUAAAAAAGUCAUUUAAUUAGGAGGUGAUGAAAUGCUGCUACAUUUGAGUAAAGCUGCAAAAAUGCAGUUUUAAGACUUUUUUCUAGUAUAAUUUGAAGGUUUAAGUCUUAAAUGACAUAAGUAGAAUAUAGUUUGAGUUUUAUUUUAUAAAUUUAAGUUUGCCUUUUGGUCAAACUGAUCCGAACUGAGGGGGAAAUAACAAAAUAUGUCCACCAGCAUCUGGAGCAUCUGCCUUUUAACGUGCAUCUGUUCAGCGCGGCAAGAUGGAAGCCAAAAAGAGACGGUGAUCAUUUCCUCUCAGCUGUAGGAGUGACACAACUGCAGCUGGCCUGUCAGCAGCCUGGAAAGCACCAAGAACACCAUCAACACCAGAAAUACAAAUGCAAAUCUUUGUUGGAAAAAUCAAAUAAAUAGUUUGCAAGACUUGGA